AUGAGCUUGUCUUCUCGUAACACGACAAGUCUCCACUAUUACGACGAAGACGUAUUGCAUUCAGUGAUUCUCGAAAAGACGCCAUCGCCGCCACCGAAGCCCCCGAGAGGUAUAAUGCGGAAAGGAGCACCUCUAAAACCACAGAGAAGCGCUCUCAGGAUCGAGCCCAUACAUAAUGGUUUGUCUUUUUUCAAGAAAAGAGUGUGAGCGAAAAAUUUUCAGAAAACAAGGAAAACGAAGUUCAGCCACAGACGCAAUUCAAAGCAAAGAACACGAUGGAGCAGAUGCAAUCUUAUUUCAAGAGGAGCAUAGCAGUGAUUCGUCGAUCAGAAGAGUUCACAGGAACAGAAGCUGCCGAUAUUCUGACGGCCUACAUAGAAAGCCACAAAAGCGAGUUUCCAGUCGAAAAUGUCGGGAGAAACAACGCUGUUCAGGUUUGUCUAAUGUCAAGUGUUUUGUAGUUCAAUCAAUUUUUCAGUUGCUCGAAAUCUGGAGACAACAGAAGGUCAUCAACUGUGUCGAUGUAAAUCAGAGAAGAUUCGUGGAUUCGGAACGUGCAUUCUAUCGUUUGGGAGGCGAAAACGAGCAUUGGUGGGUGAAAGAAACAUAGAAAACAUUACAUGAAAAAAUACUAUUACAGCUUGUACAUUGCCAGCUCACCGGCUCCGACACCAGUUUACGAAGACACCACGACCCUCUCCCGGUCAUCAAGCACUCGUCGCAACAACAGCUUCAAGAGACUUUUCUCCCCUCUUGUUCGCCGAAAUCGCUCGAGUUCGCGUGGUCGCGACAAGGACAGCACGAAGGACGGCUCUUCGAAUCUUUUGAAAUCCACGUGGAGUCUGUUCUCGUCUAGUGAAAAGCAAGAGAAGAAAGCGAAAAGAGCAGAGCAGCAGAUGAUAAAGGAGGAAGAGGCGGAGGUUUAUGAACUGGCGCUCUUCCACUUGCUUAGUCUAAUCGAAGUGGAGUUUCUGGAAGAUGUUGCACUUCCUGUUCAGGAUGCUAAGGUAAACUUUACAAAGAUGCGGGAUGUUUGAAAAACGCCGAACGUCGGAUUGAAAUUUCCGAACCGUCGACAACCCCUCCUGUGAAAAAGGAUAAAAAAAAUUUUCAAUAAAUGUUCAGGUAUCCUAGUGGGUUUUAAUGAGUGGAAACUGAACCAAUAUGACCAAAUAAGCGCUCAACUCAAAAGAAUUUGGCUCUAUUGCAUAAGACGAACUUAAUGUAUUUAGAAAAACGCGUCGUUCUUGACAUCAAUCAUGGAGAAGGUGGGAUUGGGAGUUAGUGAAGAGAGACUGGAUCCGCAGGAAGAGGACGAAAUGGAUCUUCUUAUAGAGACGCACCCAUUGAUCAGAGACGCCAGCCAAUGGUUCCAAAUGGCCCGCUGCUGUGCUCCGAUGCUCUAUCUGCAUAAGACGCCCGAAACGAGCACGAAAAUGCAACUUUUCCUGUGGUGCAAAGCAGCGCUCAUGGCUGUGUCCGCCCAACUCGAUAAAAUGACUCAAAACGGCGCGUCGCCGCUGUUCCCCGUCGAAUUUGCACCUCUGCUCACCAAAAUCUCCCAGCAGUUGAUCAAUGAUUUGGAAUCUGGAGAAAAACUGUUCACAGCUGUCAUGUAUAUAUUCCUGAUGGUCCCCCAUCCGCUUCGCAAAACGAUCGAUCAACUCAUUCAUUGGCUACAACUGACCAUGCGCACCGAUGCUGUCGAGGACCUCAGAAGUCCGUACUAUUUGGGCAGAAAAGAGCCACGUCAUAAGGAGAAUGUGAAGGUGAUCAUCGACGAACUACGGGCGUUCAUCUUCCCCAAAGGGUGCAUGACAAACGCUCAACAGGACAUUUUCAUCGAGGUAAUUAGAUUGUGAAUUUAUGUAUAACAAUGAAUAAUCUGUUAUCUUACAGACGCUCGUCGAUCUUCGAACGGACGGACGACUCGGAAAACGACCACUGCAGCUGGAGCAGUCGUUACGAGCAAAGUGCGUAAAAGGGACGACUGAAAGGCGGUCGCGGACAGAGAGAAAGUAUAGUGUGCAAGAUCAGUGUUGUCUGGUGUUGGAUGGCUCUCUCAGUUUGCAUGCCUCGUUUCUAUGUUGUUUUCAUCCGCACGUUCUCAAUUUGUAGACACAGCGCGACGGAGGGAGAGCUGACGCCCGUUCGAUUCACCGUCGCCCGCGAGCCGAUGCGUGGAAGAUCUCAAAAGAACAAGGACGGACUGACGGAGACAGAAGCGGCGUUAGUUCAGAUGAUCGAGGUGAGAAGGUUAUAAUAUCAGCAGAAGUCAUUUUCCCAUUUGCAGGCCUCCCUGGACGACAAAAAGAAGUCCUUGACGGACAAGAAGAAACAGCUGUCCAACUUUGCCAAGUGCUAUCCUGCCCUGUACAAACGCUUUUUCAAAGACAUGCUCUGA